UUCAAGUCUGACCAGUCGCUCUUAUACAGAAUAGCCUAGCCUAGCUGUAUGAUGGUCUGUGACCAGUACAGAAAAGAAAGUGGCUAUUGAUGCAUCUUUCAGUGACUCACACCAUACAAAUCAUGGCCUUUCUUUGUGGAUUUUGUAGCUAUUGCAGAUGAACGUGGUUCUUACUACUUCAAUGGGGACUUCAGAGUAGACAGCCCCAAAAACUUCAAUAUUGCAGGGACCAUCUUCAAAUACAGGAGACCAAUGGACAUUUAUGAGACUGGCAUAGAAUAUAUUGUUGCACAGGGGCCUACCAAUCAGGGUUUAAACAUCAUGGUUUGGAACCAAAAUGGUAAGAACCCAUCCAUAACAUAUGAAUAUACCCUUCAAACGAGGCCUCAUUUGAAAAACAUGCCAUCGAUUUACUUUGGCUUCUCUGAAUCGGGUAGUGAAGAAAAAAGGGAGCUUGAAGGAGAGCUCCUUUUGGGGCUUGCUCAGCACAAUGCCAGCCUGUUGGCCACACUCUCCCAAGAAAAGGACCACCUGGAGAACCUGCUCUUUGGCCAGCAAGAGGAAGGGGACAAUUUGGAACUGAGCAAGAUGCAGCAGACCAAUGAAGUCUACCACAGGACCCGCCUUGAGUAUGGCCCUGACCGGCAGAGCAAGCCCUCCGCAGAGUCAAAUGCAACUACAACCAAUUAUAAGGUGGAAGGAAAUGGAAGAGAACUGGUCUCCCUUCUCCAUUCUCCAGAAUUCCUUUCAGAAAAUGCAAUCAUCCAUAGCCCUGGGGAUAAGAUGUCAGAUUCGAAAGAAGCCAUCUGGAACAAGACCCUGAACAGUAUUUUUUCUCCAGUGAACCCCAUCAAUGCUCUGGGGCCUGAAAUAGACCAUCUUUAUGUUGAUUAUGAUGAUAGUGAUGACCUGCUGGCUUACGCUGCUAAUGGCACUUUUAUGGAGCUGACCCACGAGGAAGCCAUCAACACGUCUUCAGAGACUCAGGUUUCCAAUGCUACUAUUUCUGCUGCCAGUCCUCAAGGGAACAGAACCCAGAAAACAAGGAACCGGCUGAAGCUGUUCCGAAAGGGCCAAAGUAUGAGUCCAGCAGAUAUGUACCGGUGGAAACUCUCCUCCCACGAACCCUGCAGUUCUACCUGCACGACAGGAGUGAUGUCCACCUAUGCCAUGUGCAUCCGCUACGAUGGCAUUGAGGUGGAGGACACCUACUGCGAUGCAGCGACCCGACCGGAGCCCAUUCACGAGUUCUGUGCGGGGAGAGAAUGCCAACCCAGGUGGGAGGCGAGCAGCUGGAGUGAAUGCUCCAGGACCUGUGGAGAAGGCCACCAGUUCCGCAUUGUCCGUUGCUGGAAAAUGCUCUCGCCAGGGUUGGACAGCUCGGUCUACAGCGAUCUGUGUGAAUCUGCUGACAUCACCCGGCCGGAAGAGCGGAAAAUCUGCAAAAACCCAGCCUGUGGCCCACAGUGGGAAAUGUCUGAAUGGUCUGAGUGCACAGCCAGGUGUGGCGAGAGGAGUGUGGUGAGCCGAGACAUUCGCUGCUCUGAAGAGGAGAGGCUGUGCGAUGCCGGCACCAAACCGGUGGCAGACAAGAACUGCACCGGGGCCCCCUGUGACCGGCAAUGGACGGUCUCUGACUGGGGACCAUGCAGCGGGGGCUGCGGGCCAGGCCGAAUGAUCCGGCAUGUCUACUGCAAGGGCAGCGAUGGACGUGUGGUGCCGGAGUCCCAGUGCAACUUGGAGACCAAGCCGCUCGCAAUUCACCCCUGUGGGGAAAAGAACUGCCCCCCUGGCUGGCUGGCCCAGGACUGGGAAAGGUGCAACACUACCUGCGGCCGAGGGGUGAAGAAGCGGACGGUUCUCUGCUUGGAGAUUGCCGCUGGGAAGGUCAAAACUCGUCCCCCUGCUGAGUGUGAUGCUGCCAAGAAGGAGGCCGAGGAGGCCACCUGCUUUGAGCGUCCUUGCUUCAAGUGGUACACCACCCCUUGGUCUGAGUGCACAAAAACCUGCGGAAUUGGUGUGAGGAUGCGGGAUGUCAAGUGUUACCAAGGGAAGGAUCUGGUCCGAGGGUGCGACCCACUUACAAAACCAGUCGGGAAGCAGACCUGUGACCUUCAUCCGUGCCCAACGGAACCACCAGAUGACAGCUGCCAGGACCAGGUGGGGACCAACUGUGCCCUAGCGAUCAAGGUGAACCUCUGCAGCCACUGGUAUUACAGCAAGGCCUGCUGCAGAUCCUGCAGAGUACCCCGUUCCUAGUGGGAAGGAAAGGUGUGGGGCCUCCGACUGGCCUGGGUCCCACAC